AAAGAGCCUUCAAGAUGGAGUUUAAUUCAAUGAAAGAUUUAAAGAAGAAGUCUCAAAUUUUUUGAUAUAAUAACUUAAACAAAAAUUAAGAUGUUUUUGAUGAAGUUAUAUUGGAUUGAAAAGAGUGGAUGUAACUUUUAAAACUUGAAUGGUAAAAAUAAGGGAGAUAUGUAUUUUUUUUUAAGAAUAACAUAUAGGAUUUAAAUCAUAAGAUUAAAUGUGUGCACUAGUAUAAGAUUUAAAUUAAUUUUAGAGAUAAAAUAAUAUUUACAGGGUUGAUAUUUUAAAUAAUUAGAAAAGUGAGGGUGUUUUAACAUAAAGUUGUUUUUGAUUUAUUUUAUUAUUAUUUACAAUAUAGAGUAAGG